UCGGGUGCGAGGAUUCACCUUCGUUCGGUGUCUUGUCCAUGGACGUUGGGGAGCCCAAGGUAGCCGAGGUCAAGGAAGCAAUCUUAGUCGUGGGUGAUGGAGGUCAUGAUGAAGAGACGCACAAGGAGGGUAGUGCGGAUGAAGAGGUGUUCGAUCUAGAGAGUGUAGUCUUGGUCGAGAUCGAAGAAGGUGUGCCCGAGGUUUGGAUGGUCGAGGAUGAGUCCUUGAGGACAAGGACAUUCUCAAAGGGGGCGGGAAUGAUGCGUAAGUGGGUUUUGACCCCCGACGACAAGAAGAGCCGAGAACCAAGACAACUCGAGAAGGCUGAAAAUAGGGCCAAAACGACGCACACAUGGCCUAAGAGAAGGGUACGAGCUCGUAUGCGAGGCGCACAAGCCACAGUGGUCGCACAGUUUCGCGACUACCAACCAGAAAAGUUUUCCGGCCAAGGAGAUCUUCGUAUAGUAUAUGAAUGGGUUCAGGGCCUCGAGAUUAUUUUCGAGGUCAUGAACUUCCCUGAUCGUUACCACAUGUUAUGUGCCCAGAUCCAGCUGACCGGUGAUGCCCGACUCUGGUGGCAUGCCUAUUGGAGUAUGCGUCCCGGUGAAAAAGACGGUUGUACGUGGGACCAAUUCAAGGAGCUGAUCCGAGAGAAGUAUUAUCCCUCGUAUUACCGAGCAAACAUGGAGCGCCAGUUCUUGGCACUCACCCAGGGUACUCGUUCUGUCGACGAGUACAAAAGAGAGUUUACCCGUCUCGGAGCCUUUGUACCUGAUCUUGUGGGUACGGAGGCAAAGAGAGCCCAUCGUUUCACAGACGGACUUCGCCCAGCAGUCCGCCACAACAUCGUAGGUCACGGCGUCCAGACCUACGCCCGCACAGUUGCCAUUGCACAAGAAGUCGAUGCCAGUAUCCGACGAGAAGCCGUCCAGACACCAGCCCAGCCAGUUGCUCAGCCAUCAGCCCAGCCUCACGUUGCCCAAUCAUCAAAGAACCAGAAGAAGAGAAAGCUCAGAGGGGGCCCAGGCAACCGGAGGACCCGUCCCAGACAAUAUCCAGAAUGCCCAACCUGCGGGAAACACCACCGUGGAGAAUGCCUCGUGGGCCAGAAUCAGCCCAGGCAGCAACCACAACGACCACAGCAACAGCAACGCGGCAGACAGCAGGCCCGCGUCUUUGCAGUUGACCAGAGGGAGGCCGACCAGCACCCAGGUCCCAUGUCCGGGAUGAUUAUUCUUAGUGAUGUGCCUGUCUAUGCCUUAUUUGAUACCGGAGCGACCCAUUCUUUUAUAUCACGCCGAUGUCUCGAAGCUAUUAGGGUUCGUUCCACUACCGCUGUCGAUCCUCUCGAGGUGAGUUUAGACUCGGGAAGAAAGAUAGUGACUGACGCUAGAGCCACCGAUCUCAGCCUUUCCAUCGGCGGCCGUAUUCUGAUUACUGAUGCUGAUGUUAUCGAGAUGAGGGAUUUUGACCUCAUACUCAGUAUGGAUUGGCUAACACGUUUUCACGCAGAUAUUCGAUGUCACGACCGGGAGAUUAUUCUUUAUCUUCCGGGAGAUGAUCAGAUCACUUAUUACGGCUCCAGGACUCGUACUCUGCCUCAUGUUAUUUCUAUGGCGAAAGCCAGAAAGAUUCUUCGACGGGGUGAUUGCCAGGGUUAUCUUGUGAGCCUCGUUGGAGAUGAGCCAAAGGCACGUUCACCUCAUGACAUUCCUAUCGUUCGUGAGUUCGUGGAUGUGUUUCCAGACCAGCUUCCCGGAGGUCCACCUAGCCGACAGGUGGAAUUUUCUAUUGAUCUUAUCUCUGGAGCCGGACUCGUUUCGAAGGCACCGUACAGAAUGGCGCCUAAAGAAUUACAGGAAUUAAACACCCAAAUUCAAGAGUUGCUGAAUCUCGGUUUUAUACGACCGAGCAUUUCUCCUUGGGGAGCACCAGUUCUUUUUGUCAAGAAGAAAGACGGAUCCAUGCGUAAGUGUAUCGACUACCGGGAUCUUAACCGGUUGACGAUCAAGAAUAAAUAUCUGCUUCCCAGGAUCGAUGAUUUAUUUGAUCAGUUGAGGGCUGCCUGCGUGUUUUCCAAGAUUGAUUUGCGUUCAGGCUACCAUCAGCUGAAAAUCAAGGAGUCAGACAUACCCAAGACAGCCUUUCGUACGAGAUACGGUCACUUCGAGUUUGUGGUUAUGCCGUUUGGCCUCAGUAAUGCCCCGGCAGUAUUCAUGGACUUGAUGAACCGUGUAUUUCAUCCUUUUCUCGACCAGUUCGUUAUUGUCUUCAUCGAUGAUAUUCUUAUUUAUUCCAAGAGCCAGAAGGAGCACGAGGAGCACCCGAGGGCCGUUCUUUCGACCCUUAGACGUGAGAAGUUAUAUGCAAAGUUCUCCAAGUGCGAGUUUUGGCUUCAGCGAGUGGCUUUUGUUGGCCACAUUAUUACUUCAGCAGGUAUUGAAGUUGAUCCUUCCAAAAUUACUGCAGUCCAGAAUUGGUCAGCACCAAAGAAUCCGUCCGAGGUUCGUAGUUUCCUCGGCCUUGCAGGUUAUUAUAGCAGAUUUAUUGAGGGGUUCUCGAAGAUUGCCCUCCCUUUGUCUCAGCUGACGAGGAAGUCUGUAAAGUUUGAAUGGACAGACCGUUGUGAGUCGAGUUUUCAGGAGCUGAAAAGGAGGCUUACGACGGCACCGGUGUUGACUAUUCCAGAUCCUUCUCGGAGUUUCACCAUCUAUAGUGAUGCUUCGAGGCAGGGUUUGGGAUGUGUACUUAUGCAAGAUGGCCAGGUCGUUGCUUAUGCGUCACGCCAGCUUAAACCACAUGAACAGAACUAUCCGACGCACGACUUGGAAUUAGCUGCAGUUGUUCAUGCCCUUAAGAUUUGGCGACACUACCUAUACGGCGGUCAAUGCGAAAUUUUUACCGAUCAUAAGAGCUUACAGUAUAUCUUUACUCAGAAGGAGCUCAACAUGAGACAACGCCGUUGGUUAGAACUCGUCAAGGAUUAUUAUUGUACGAUUCAGUACCAUCCGGGAAAGGCGAAUGUUGUUGCUGAUGCCCUAAGCCGCAAGGUGAAGGGUGACUUGACGUAUGUAGUUACUCAGCAGAGUAAGUUGAUACGAGA